CUGAUUAUAAAUUUUGAGCUGAGGCAAGCAUCAAAGCAGUAUGAGUAUGGAUAAAUUCCCUACAAGUACAAGCCCCACCAACCCUUCAGAGAAGCAGCUCCUUUUAGGUAAUGUUGAUAUCAAUGUCAAUGCUAAACCCAAUGAACAAGGAGCAAAUGUUGUUGCUACCUUCUUUAACUUUGCCAAAGCUAGCAUUGGCUCGGGUAGUUUUGCUCUUCCUUUUGCUGUCCUCUCAGCAGGAGUGAUAAUAGGAUCACUUGGUAUGAUACUCCUUGGAGUCGUAAGCCUCUACACAAUGCAGCUGAUGUUACAGUGCAGAGACGAAGUGUUUCAAAACCUCACUCCAGAGGAAAAGAAAAACUUCAAUUACACCGAACUGGGAAAGAAAGCUUUUGAGAAGAUUCGUAUCGAAGGCAAGAAUUUGGGGCCAAUUGGAAAGUGGGCAGUCGACUUAUCAGUACUGGCUUGCAAUUUGGGAGUGUGUGCUGGCUAUAUGAUCUUCAUUGCAUCUAAUCUACGUUGGGCAUUCAUUUGCUUUGCCUAUCAUCACGAGACUGACAGUGGGACUUGUUUCACUAGUUGGGAGUUGUAUGCUAUAGUUCUCCCAAUACUGAUACUCCUCACUUAUCUCCCUACAUUUAAGUAUCUUGCUUAUGCUGCUUACCUUGGAGCCUUCUUUCUUAUUGUGGCAAUGAUUACUGUCAUUUAUUAUGGGAUACGUGAUGGUUUUGAUUACAGUCCUGUUCAGUGGGGACCAAGCAGCUGGGAAGGCAUUGCCCAAUGGUUUGGGCUAACAGCAUUUCUCUUUUGCGUUCACAGCAUGGUUAUUCCAUUGCAGAACAGUAUGAAGAAGCCUCAAUACAUGACGUAUGUCCUUGAUGCUGCUGCUAUUGUUGUGGUUGGUAUUAAUCUUCCUUUUGCUCUCUAUGGCUAUUUCAUGUUUGGUAAAGAUACAAAAGGUUAUAUUUUUGAGAAUAUUCCUGGCGGAGUUUUUAACGAUAUUGUUAGAGUUUGUCUCUCUAUUGAGUUGACCCUAACAUUCCCCAUUGUCUUCAAGCCAGCCUCUGAUGUGAUGGAGGAAAUCAUUCAAGGAGUUCUACUGUAUAUUGCAAAGGCUAAAGGUGUCAAUCAGAUACUUGAAAUGUAUGGGAAAAGGGAUCUGAAAUGGAAAUUUAUUCACACAGUGAUGGUGUGUGCUGUGAGGACUCUGUUGGUACUGAUUUCUUGGGGUGUGGCUAUUGGUAUACCACGUUUUGAACUCUGUCUGGCUUUUGUUGGUAGUCUAGCCGCUAGUGUCCUUGCUUUUGUCCUUCCUCCUCUAUUUCAUCCUCUCUUGCUCUGGAAGAAGACGCAUAUGUCUAGAAACAUCCUCCACAUUUUCAUACUGGUCGUUGGAGUCAUUGCUACUAUUCUUGCUACAGGUAUCAACUUGUAUGAAGCUAUAAAGCAACAUAGCAGUGGAAAUGAUUGCAAAUCUAUACGGGAAGGCUGUGUAGCUAAUCAUUCGAACAAUACACUGCACUAAUAACUGAUAUGAUAUAAUGCAUUGCUAUACUGUGCUGUACUGAUGCUGUGUAUUUCCAUCUUUAUUAUUUUGCUAA